AUGUCCUCUGUUGCAAGCACAGAUUCGGAAGCACCAUCAACCCAUUCGCUGACUUCUCAAGUUGGCGGCCAUGCUAAUGGAGUUCUUACCACCGAGGACGAUACUCUGCUCAUCAAACAAGCUCUUCCCGUCGAACUCCAAUUCUAUCGCACUGUUGCAGCAUCGACAGAGCCAGCAAUCGAUGCUCUGCGCCCAUAUCUGCCCAAAUUCCUCGGAACAUUAACCUUGGAAGGAGAAUUCGAUCCGGACAAGCCAACGACCGAAACCAGCAUCCCGGUCAAGCCAAUUGCGACGAAUGGCGGGAAAGAGUCCCUAGUGUUGGAGAACCUCACACAUCCGUUCACCAAGCCCAACGUCCUUGACGUCAAAUUGGGCACAGUACUCUACGACGAGACAGCUUCACCGGAGAAAGUUGCCCGUAUGCUCAAGGCGGCUGAAAAUACCACCUCGCUCAAGACAGGCAUCCGGCUUACCGGUUUCCAGGCCUAUGGGAAAUCAAUCACGAAAGAACAACUACCGGAGGGUUUUGCUCGAGUGUUCCCUGUUUUGGGAGUCGGUGAACAUGGCGCACUGCCUUCACAAGGCCUACCCGCUGGACUUUUACUGCAGAUCUUGGAGCUAUUACGCGAGGAUGUGCAGGAGAUCCGCGACGCAUUUGCUCAAGUUGAGCUCCGAAUGAUCGGCGGAAGUCUACUUUUCAUUUACGAAAGUGACGCUACCCGUGCAGAAGAGGGGUUGAAGUGGAUGCUUCGUGAUCUCGACGAAGAAGACUCGGAAUCAGACGAAGACGAAAGCAAACCCCCGAAACCAGGUCCCGCCUAUGAUGUUCGCCUCAUCGACUUUGCACACACCCGUUUUGUUCCUGGGCAAGGGCCUGACGAGGGUGUACUCCUCGGAUUGGACACCAUUUUAGCGCAAUUAGACCAAAGAAUACACACAAUCACUACACAGACUAAAUAG